UAUCGACUAGAUCGGCGAUUGAUUCAUCAAGCCAAAAUUCAACGCACGCGCAAACCCCGCUCUUCCUUUCUGCUAAAUUCUUCGCCAUGGCUCCUGUGAAGAAGCAGAGCACCAAGGGGUCCAAGGGUGGCAAGAAGAAGAAGCAGGUCCUGAAGUUCACUCUGGACUGCACCCACCCUGUGGAAGAUGGCAUCAUGGAUGCUGCCAACUUUGAGCAGUUCCUCCAGGAGCGCAUCAAGGUGAACGGGAAAGCUGGCAACCUGGGUGGUGGUGUGGUGUCUAUUGAGAGGAGUAAGAGCAAGAUCACAGUUUCCUCUGAGGUCCCCUUCUCCAAAAGAUAUCUGAAAUAUCUGACCAAGAAGUACUUGAAGAAGAAUAAUCUUCGCGACUGGCUGCGUGUUGUGGCCAACACCAAGGAGAGCUACGAGCUACGCUACUUCCAGAUCAACCAGGAUGAGGAGGAGGAAGAUGAUGAGGAUUAAACCUCCAGUCUGCUGGAUUUUGUACAUUUAAUAAAUUCUUAGAGUAC